ACUUUUGCGCUAACGGAAGCGAAGAAGAAGAGAGCCAGGCUUGAGACGCGUUCGAGAAAGGGCCAAAACUACAGAAUAAUAAGUUAAAACUUGACAACAAACGCAAUGCUGGCCACGACACAUCGACCGCAGUUGACCAAAAUGCGGACUAGCGCGGAGGCGAUGGCUUGCCUGGCCCGGGAAAAGGCGCCUGGACAGGUGGUGGCCGCGCAACAAGUGGCUCCUGCGCUCAGCACCAACAACAACAACAAAGACCUGGCCACCAUAAUGGAUGCGCUGCAGACGGACUACGGGAGCUACAAGUAUACGGUGUACCGCUGUGCCAGCAAGUUUGUGGCCCUGCAGAAGGUAUUUCACACUGGAAAAAUACCGUAUAAGCUGCUGCUGGCGAUAUUGGAACGCCAUGGAAUGAGCGGCAGCUGGGAAUUGAUGGUGCCACCAUUCCAGCUGACAUCGCUGCUGCACGACGUCUAUUUUGCCUGCGAGAAGCUGGGACACUUUGCCCAGGAUAGCUGCUAUCAACUGGACAGGGCCACCGGAAUGCUGGCCAACUUCUUCUGGAACGUCUACGAUCCACAACGUCGACAUUCCAUCUCCUUGCUGGAGAUCAAGAUCACCUUCAUCCUGCUCUGCAAGCUAUACAGCAGUGAUCACCUGGUGGCCGACUUCUUUGGUCUGCUGGCUGAUCCCAAGACACAGAUCAUGUCGCGCUACGCCUUCGAGCAACUGCUGGCCACGCUGAGCAAGCUGCUCAGCUAUCUGGGCGAGGCCAAGGCCUACGGCGUCCACAAUCUGCCCCUGACGAUGGAGCAAUGCUUUGCCCGCUGUCCCCAUGGCAUAGCCGGUCUCGGCGAACAGCAGUUCCACAAACUCUGGACGGGAGCGGGCCUUCAGACACGCUUCCUCAUCUACGGCAACCUGCUGGCUUUGAUCAAGCGCAUUGAAGACACAGAGCAUUUAAUACAUAGCAACAGUUGCGCAGGCUGCCGCAAGGAGCACAUUGUGGGGAUUCGCUUUCGCUGCCAGGUGUGCCGGGACAUCUCACUGUGCCUUCCCUGCUUCGCGGUGGGCUUUGCGGGCGGCCGUCACGAGCCAUGCCAUCGGAUGUGUGAAGUCUUUGUGGAGGAUCAGCCGCCGCAGCGUUGGACACGGCAUUUGGCCAGGCUAUGCGGUUGGCUUUGGGUGCCGCGGCGCAAGACGGCCCAGGAGGAGGAGCGUCGUGGCUUCUGCAAUGCCCAGGAAAGUGGCGCCGCAGUGGGUCAAUCCGCUGUCACGCCCAUACCCGCCGAAACGCGGAGUCUUCACGAGAAGGAGCAGCAGCAGCAGCAAAGCAAGGAAAUCCUACAGCAGCAGCAGGAGUUGUUGUCUCUAACUGGAAUGGCCAGCAAGGCCUGCCAGCUGCAGUCCAUCAUUGAUCGUCUAUUGCAGCAGAAUGCGAAACUGGAAACACAGCUUGAAAUGGUGGCCACCUCGUCCAGCUCGGAAAUCUCCGAGUUCUUGAGUGCACACCAAAGGUUUCUGUUGCAAAUCAUUGAGGAUAUGCGACAGCUAUCGCGUUCUUCCCCGGCCUCCCUGCCAGGAGCAGCAGCACCACCUACAGCUCCUUCAUUAACUACUGCCUUGGUUAGCUCCACCUUCUUGAGCUCCAGUACGCCGCAGAGGCAGCAGCUCUUCGAUAUGUAUGCACCCGUGGGAGCCAAUUUGACGCAUUCCAUAAAUGGAGCCGAGCUGAAUCGCAGCUAUUUGGAGGCCAACAAGUCGGAUUACUCCCUGAACGACAUCAGUUUGUGGUUUGAUCAGCGUCGAGCCAGCCAGGGACCAGGUUCCCUUCCUUUAGCCCCGGUCUCUGCCCUGCUAGAACGUCAGCAGCCAGGAGGAGUCGGGGCUGCUGCACCGGGAGAUGGCAUGGUCAACUUUAAGCUGCUGGUGCACAAGGUUAAAGAGAUUGUGGAGGAUUCCUACAGCGACAAUGCCGAGCUCUCGGCGGCCACACAGAACCUAGAGAAUGUCCUGGACAGCAUAAUUAAGAGCGAGGAGCAGCAGCGACGCCUGAGCACGUGAAAAAAAGUGAGAUUCCAGCCCGACCAAGUCCAACCUUGGACCUGUGAGCUCGUAACUUAUUAAUGUAGCUUUAGUAAGGGAUUUCCAGUUUUUAAAUUGUUUACAAAUUUAAUGCUUUAUGUUUAUGCUUUAAGUGUACAAAAACAGUCGGACGAGAUCGCAAUAUCAUAAAGAUUAUGGCAUGCCACCUA